UCCCGGGACUGUGGCUCAUAUCGAAUCAGACCAAAUGGAAUUCUGCACUGCCUUCUUAAAAGAUUCCGUACAUUUUAAUUCGCACAUACACAUAUUCCUCUGACGUUUUGCCCAGCAUACAAACACACCGCUGGCGUGACCAGAAAAAGCUGCUCGGUUACAUUGAGACUCGAGACAGCAGCAAAGACAUCCCAGAGAAAAAAUACAAAAUAGACUCUUGCACCGCUGUCAGAAGAGACCCGAGGAGAGGCCCAGCCACCAUGCCGCUGUUCGGUAAAUCCCACAAGAAUCCCGCCGACAUCGUCCGGACUCUGAAGGAGAACAUGGCCAUCCUGGUCAAACAAGACAAGAAAACAGAUAAGGCAUCAGAGGAGGUGUCUAAGUGUCUUGUGGCCAUGAAGGAGAUACUAUAUGGGACCGGUGACAAGGAGCCUCACACAGAGACGGUGGCCCAGUUGGCCCAGGAGCUCUACAACAGCGGCCUGCUCAUCUCCCUGGUGGAAAACCUGCAGGUCAUCGACUUUGAGGGGAAGAAGGACGUGUGUCAGAUCUUCAACAACAUCCUGCGGAGGCAGAUCGGCACCCGCAGCCCCACCGUCGAGUACUUCUGCUCUCACCAAGAGGUGCUAUUUGUGCUGCAAAAAGGGUAUGAGACCCCUGGGUCUGCGCUGAACUGUGGCAUCAUGCUGAGGGAGUGUAUCAGACAUGAGCCACUGGCCAAGCUGGUUCUCCACUCAGAACACUUCCAGCACUUCUUCAAUUACGUAGAGAUGGAGACCUUCGACAUCGCCUCAGACGCUUUCGCCACCUUCAAGGACCUGCUCACAAGACACAAGGUCCUGGUAGCUGAAUAUCUAGAACAGAAUUAUGAUGCCAUCUUUGACCAGUAUGAGAAGUUAUUACACUCUGAUAACUAUGUGACAAAGAGACAGUCAUUAAAGUUGUUGGGAGAGCUUCUGUUGGACAGGCAUAACUUCACAGUGAUGACCCGGUACAUCAGCAAGCCUGAGAACCUGAAGCUGAUGAUGAACCUACUGAGGGACAAGAGCCCUAACAUACAAUUUGAGGCCUUCCACGUCUUCAAGGUGUUUGUGGCGAACCCCAACAAGACGCAGCCCAUCAUAGACAUCCUGCUGAAGAACCAGCCCAAACUCAUCGACUUCCUUAGCAACUUCCAGAAGGACCGCAUGGACGACGAGCAAUUCAACGACGAGAAGACCUACCUAAUCAAACAGAUCCGAGACCUAAAGAAACCCGCCUCUUAAAACCUUACCCCCAUUCGUCCCCAAAACCCUUCCCCUUAGCUAUGACCUUUACCCUAACCUUUACUUUUUGUCGACAAAAAUACAUUGACAAUAAUUAUUCAAUUUCUUAAUAUCAAAGACAUUCUUUUUCUUGGUUCCUUAAACUUUGCUGAGAAUAGUUCUUAAUCACAGAUUUUUUUUCAUUGUUUUUACUUUUAAAUGAACCCUUUUCUCAUUAGUGUGUAGUGUUCCACAACGGGAAGGGGAUUUCCUCUCUUGGAGGGAACCAAUGCUUAGAGACCUUUAGGUGAUUGGCUGAGGGAGCUGUGGAGACCACUGGUCAUCACUUUAAUUGCGCAAAUAAUUUUUUGAAAAUGUUCUCUUUUCAUUGCCACUUGCAGGCACGAGCCAGCUAGAUAGUUCUGACUUCUUUCUAAUACUCUCCUAAUCUCACCACAGUACAACUGAAGUAUCCAGAAUCAUAGGAAUUGCUAUUUCUCUAUUAGAGGAUCGAAAUGGUAUUCUCAAAUGUUCCAUAGAACUCCUCUUCAAACUCACAUUCCCUGCUAGUCUUACUCCUGUGGUACUUCCACUAUUUACACUUAAGUUAUGUUUCAACACUGUAGUAGGUCCUCUGACAUGACAACUCUACAUUUGAUCUUACAAGGAACAUAUAAGAUGUCUGGUGAUCAGCAGGACCAUUAUUUUACUGCUAACCUUCGUCUAGAAUAUAGAAUGAUAAUUGAUUCUCCACAGAUGGCUGGUAGCACUUUCUGUAUCAUUCAACGCUAAAGGAACGAUUCCUUUUUGGUUUAUUUUAAGCUGAUGAAGUAGAAUCCUGUUGAACAGGAAACUAUCUUGAUGAUUAAAAAAAAAGUUUCUUGUCUUGUGUAUAAAAGCUGGUUUUAACCCAUAAGUAAGUGCCAUUGCGGGUGACGGAAAAAUCCUCUGAUUUUUUUUCUGUACAAGUGAUUUCUUUGAACUUGUUUUCUUAUUUAGAUGGUGGAGGGGGAUGGUUGGAACACAUUAACAGUAGGGGUACAUACAGAGGUGCCUUUUUGUUUUUCCUUUAUUUGGUAUUUUAUAUACUUUUUCUGGGUGGAGCUUAAUUCUUAUUUAGAAAAAUAUGGUCUGGUUGAAUAUAUCAGUCGUGAUUAAGCAAUGAAUCUUGAACUCACUAUAUUUGAGUUGUGCAGUUGAAAGAAUAUUUUACUUUAAGAGAACUUGUUGCAGUUCAUUGAUCACAUCAUAAAACUAGGAACCAGGAGGCCAAAACUCAGGACUGAUUGUCCAGGAAAGUUAACAUACCAGUAAACUGGAUAUGGUAGAAGCAUCUUGCUUUUUUACAUGUAGCUUGUUUUGGGGGAAGUCUAAAUUAAAUAACCUCAGACAAAUUGAGCCAAUGCAUAUUUUAAUUGUGGUGGUUGAGCUUAAGUUACGAUCACAUCUAAAUUGAAAAUAUGAACUAAUAUGGCUCUUCAAUGUAAUAUUGAAUAAUACAUGUGAUGGGCACCAUGCCAUGGGACAAGUGAUUGUUCUUUAAAUUGCCAAAUACUUUUUAAUUUAAAAAAAAACCUUUUCUAGAUUGGACUUGACACACAAGGGAUAGUGUCCUCAAUGCCCUUGUCGUUUUGGUGAAACUCAGUCAUUCUAGCCCUGUUCUAUAUCUGGUGCUAACAUGCCAUCUUGAUCUUGGCCACAUUUCUAGACCAGUGUAGACAAUAAUUCAUUGUGAACAGAUCUUCCUGACCACCUCGAGGUAGCCGGGGACAAAUUGAUUGGUUCGAUGAAAGUUCCGUGGGCAGAGCUUAGUGACAUGUCAGUGGGUGGAGUUUACAAGUAAAGACAAGUGUUUCAGGGAGGUGGACUGCUUGUGGGAGGGUGUUAAACAGGUUGCAUCCCAAUGCGGCUUUUGUUUUCCAACCUACUUAAAUGUUAUCUGACAUUCUAAAAUGACAAAAGGAAUGAACAGCUUUAUAAAAUGUACAAAAACAAUAAUGGUGCCCUCCCUGCUGGUGCUGUGGGCUAGGACCACAAGGUCACAGGUUCAAGUCUUGCCAUGCCAAUGACCUUUCUCAAAAGGUAUAUUUUGAACCCUAGUCCCUCCCUGUAUUCAAAUGAUGAGAUUCCCAAUGUGAAGACAUAUUGAUCCCUUGAAUCAAUGAUUUUAGAAGGACUAUUGUUUGACAAUCCAGAUCUGUUUACACUUGUAAAAUUAGUCCUCAAUGGCCUCUGGAGGUAGUCAGGAAGAAUCACCAUCAAUAAUUGUAAUAUUCUACACGGGUCUAGAAACGGUCACAAUCAGAAUAUGGACACGAUCAAGACACAGGACCCAUGUUAACACCAGGUAUAAACUGGGCUUCGAAUGGCAAACUGAUGUUGGAUUAAAAUGAUAAACAAGAGACUUAAAAGAUUCAGGCUGUAUCAGUAGGAACUUACACCUGAGCCAAAACAGGAUGACUUAACAUACUGUACUAAAGUAAUAUUGACCCUUUUCAACCAUGGAAUUAUUAUUUUUAAAUGCCAUUGAUACUACUGUACCACAACACCAAUAAAAUAAAUGCAUACAUUGUU